AUGGAUCGUCAUAUACAGGUGAUUAUUUUCGCGGCUUUCGGGCUUUUAUUAAAUUUUGUGUUUCAGUCUCAACAGAACAACGCAGCGUUUUUAGUAUUGUUGAUGCACUAUGAGCAGGCUUUUCAACGGUUAGUGUCUGCUGUUAGAAGACGUAGGGUUUGCUUGAAUGGACGUCGUUUACGAAACCGUCCUUGGUCGUGGACUUUACCGCGUCCGGCAGAGUCAUGGUUUGAAAUAAAUUUCGACGAUAGACACAUUCCAGAAGAUUACUUUCGAUGCCAGCUGAGAAUGAAGAGAGGGACCUUUCAAGCCCUGGUUGGCAUCCUGACGCCGUGGUUAACCAGAGAGAAUACGCGAUUGAGGGGCUGUAUUCCCCCGGAAAAGGUUUUAGCCCUGGGAAUAUAUAGGCUUGCACAUGGCAAUUCAUAUGUCAGCAUUGGACCUGUAUUUAAUGUUGGCAAAUCCACUGUAAUCGAGGCCGUCCAAGAUGUUGUGGCAGCUUUGUUUGAACUGAAAGGUGAAUAUAUACAUUUCCCACAAACAGUGGCAGAAACCACAGCCUCGAUAGGAACGUUUGAAGACUUAUCUCGACUGCCAAACAUUCUU